CUCCAUUCCAGUUGGUGGCGGAAAUACACCAUUUUGUUGUUUGUCAACCGCCAAUAAAGUUUCAAGAAGAAGAAGAAGAAAUAAGGUGUUUACAUUGACCGCACUCAUGUCAUGUGCCAUUUUGACAAUUCACUCUUUGGUUCAGUGGCGCUGCAUACAAAAAGCGUUCCACACGUUGCGGUUUCCGUACAAUCACAGUCCAGGAAGAGCUGAUAUCUUUCGAUCUUAGAAUCCAACACUAAACCCACGACACCCAACUGUGACACCAGCGUGUGAGAAAAUCGGUUGUCAUGGCUAGGGCCACUGUGAUGCUGCUGCUUUCUGUGGACUGACACCAUUAAAACGCCUUGAACAAAUCAAUAUGUUCCAUAUUAAAUGGUGCUUUUGGCUACCAUUGAUCCAAACUCUGCAUCCUGUCUGCAAUCAGGAGCUGCUUCAGUUAUCCUGGCACAUACUCUAUCUGGAAGGAUGAAGCUACGACUGCAUUUUGUGGUGGACCCCAUGGGCUGGUUCUGCAUAAGCAUGGUGCUGUUUGUCUGGCUCUAUAACAGCUUCCUGAUUCCCAAACUGGUGCUGUUGCCACAUUAUGCAGAAGGACACAUACCUGCUGCACUUGUGGUCUUUUACUAUCUAGCAUCACUUCUGUGCAUCUCAGCAUUAUUCAGGGCUUCCACCGCCGACCCCGGAAAACUUGCUCAGGACCCCAAAAUUCCACUCGCAGAGAGAGACAACUGGGAACUGUGCAAUAAAUGCAACAUGAUGAGGCCAAAGAGGUCACACCACUGCAGCCGCUGUGGCCACUGUGUCCGUCGCAUGGACCACCACUGUCCCUGGAUUAAUAACUGUGUUGGGGAGGAUAACCACUGGCUCUUUUUGCAGCUGUGUUUUUACACUCAGGUUCUGAGUCUUUACACUCUGGUGUUGGACUUCUGCCAGUACUACUACUACCAGCCCCUGUCCUCGGUGAACCGGGCUGACUUUGUAGUACAUCAUGAGUUGGCUCUUCUACGUGGGUCCUGUUUCAUGGGGCUGAUCAUGUUUGGUGGAAUAAGCAGCCUGUUCUACACGCAAGUCAAAGGCAUCCUCGCAGACACAACUACUAUAGAGAAGAUGUCACACUUACUGGAAGACAUUGGACCGCACCGGUCGUGGCAGCAAGCGAUGGCUGAGGUGUUUGGCACUCGUUGGAAGAUCCUGUGGUUCCUGCCAUUCAGGAGCAGACAGCCUCUAAGGCUCAACUUGACCUCCCGCUCUCGUGUGUAGACAGACAGACAGAGACAUCACUCCAGUGGGGAAGGUCACCCUCUGACAAAGCCUCCUCCCCACCCCUUGUCUUCAGCAAAAUCCUCUCCAAAAUAGCUUGGUAUCUCUACAGGAUGAAACUUUUUCAGGUUCUUCAUUACAACUGAGAAAAAUCUGACACAUGUCUAUUCAUAUAGAAUGAAUACGAUGUCAAAAACAUCAUCUUUUUUCUGUUUUGACUGCACAUGCUGGGUCAGGUUCAUAUUUACUACUGACAUACGAUUACAGGAUAAUAUUUUAUUGUGAGGCUUCAUUGUCUCCUGGCUAAACCUUAUUUGAGAACUCGACCCAGUCCACUCCCCUAGGUCUGGAUCACAUGAGCUGUUUUUAUGCAAGUAGGGACACAAGUGGGCAGAGAUUGUCUGGUUCUAUGGCACUGAAGGUUCAGUGUGAGGUGAGACAUGACCUCUGGAAUGGGUAAAAGACAGUGCUGAAGUACACAUACACAAAUAGUUUACUAUAACUUUCGUUAUCAUGCACAUAAUUACGCAUACCUCACAAAGCACUGCUAAUGCAUCUGCUGAGCGUUUACUGUAACUGUAAUCGAUCACUUUUAUUUUUUGUUUCAUUAUUAAUGUUUUUGUGCCUUUUUAAAAUCCACAAGUAUUUUUUCUUUAUUGCACAUUUAAUUUUAAAUUGUAAACAUUGUGAUUGUGCUUUUUGAGGAGCUAUUAAAUCAAUGUUAAUAAUAAUACUUAUUAUAAUACUUUUAUAUUUGAAAAUGUUGCAAUAAUAUUACCUUAUAAGAUGCUUGGAAAAAAAGAUAAAAUGUUAUAAAUUAAGUUCACUGAUGUAAAGAUGUAAUUCAGUAAAAAGGGAUGGAUGAAACAUGAUUUAUCCUGUUAAUUAUUUUUGCCCAGAUUUUACUGAAGGUUAUUUAUUGUACAACACUAUGACCCAUAAAGUUAGUUAGUUUGUCAUUAAAUUACCUUUUAUAACUUUUCUAUGUGAUUCAGAUUAACCCCAAAAUCUAGUAGCAAAUCACCAAUUGUAAGAAGUGCCUCUAAACAUGCAGUUCUAAUAAAAUAACUUACUAUCUGUUAGGUGCACAAAUACACCACUGUGACUUUGGUUUUAGAUCAGAUUUACUUUACUCUAUUUUCAGGUAACUGUAAAUAUCCACAAGAACAUUCAGUAAAAAUGUGUGUUGAUCCACAUUUAUCUUGACAAGCCAUUCUAGAUUAAACAAUUAUUAAUUUGCACGAAUAGUUAAUUGUGCAAUUGUGGUUUUUGUCCACUAGGCCUGAGUUAAUGUAAUCGAGAAAAGCCUGUUAAUGAUUGUUUGUAUGGUUUUGUCACAUGAAUAGGCACGUUUUUCUUCUGAUGGUAGCACAGGUGGUGAUCUGAUAACCCUUUCUAGCCUAAUUCUAGCUCUAGUCGACAUUCCAUUCAAAAAGUCAGAGGUACAGAAAAUGAAUUUAAGUCAAAACAAACUUUCUGCUUUCAUUUUGUCUUGCAUUACACUCCACAUGGAAUAAUGUUAUAAAAUGGUUGCUUGUUUUUUGACAACAUUCACUUAAUACGAGAGAUACCUACUUGAAUAUUUAUUUUGAAUAUCAUGCCUUUAACUUUUGCAUCUUUUCCUGGAUGUUAUACUUUUAAUUUUAAAAUGUGUUGUUCUUUAUUGUGAUUUUAUGGUAUAGGGUCUAAUAAUUGAUUAUUAAAAACUAUUGAGUUUCUUCUGUGAUUAUUUUUCAUUUCUGAGUUUUGCAGCAGUUUUGCUCUUUUGCUUAUUUUAAAUACAAUGCAUUUUAUUAUUAUUGUUAUUGUUUGUCCGUUUGUUGUUUUUUAUUGCUAAACCAAUGAUAUGAAGUAUGUAACAGUGGGGUAAGAUGUAGUGCAGGGGCUAUUGGAUUGAUUCCAUUACUCAUAUGAUAUUUAUUUAAUAUUUUUAACAUUACAGAUCAAUUUUAAUAUCUUUAUAUUAGCACAAUAUCAGUUAUUCAGAGAGCUUAAUUAUUAAAAAAGCAGUACUCACUGUAGCUUUAUGUUGAUAGAGGCAAUGUUCAUGUGUGUGUCCCC